CCGGGGCUGGGAGCGGGUGUGCAGCAGCUGGAACUCGCGGGCGCGGGGCCGGGCCGGGCGGUGGGUUCUGAUAGUGACGGGCGGCGGCGCAGGGUCCUGGCUGUAACCGCGGUGGCUGCUCCAGACGCGGGCGGCGGCAGCGGAGGCGGCCCCUUCGCGGGCGCGAUGUGGCCCCUGUUGGUGCUGCUGCUGCUGGGCUCAGCGAGCCGCGGUUCAGCUCAGCUAAUAUUUAAUAUAACCAAAUUUGUAGAAUACACCACUUGCAAUAAAACUGUUGUAGUUCCAUGUGUCGUCAAUAAUGUGGAGGCAAAGAGCCUGAAAGAAAUGUUUGUAAAGUGGAAAUUCAGAGACACACACAUUUUCUACUAUAAUGGAGAUAAAAAUGAGUCCAAGCCCACCAGUAACUUUUCAAGUGCAUACAUCGUGCCAGAAGCACUGUUAAGUGGCAUUGCCUCUUUGAAGAUGGACAAGAGCCAAGCUGUCCCAGGAAACUACACUUGCGAAGUAACAGAAUUAACUAGAGAAGGCGAAACCAUCGUAGAACUAAAAUAUCGUGUUGUUUCAUGGUUUUCUCCAAAUGAAAAUAUCCUUAUUGUUAUUUUCCCAAUGUUGGCUGUGCUUCUGUUCUGGGGACAGUUUGGUAUUGUGACACUUAAAUAUAAUGCCAGUGUUACGAAGGAGAAAACCAUUCUUUUAUUUGUGGCUGGACUAGUGCUCACUACAUUUGUCAUUGUUGGAGCCAUCCUCUUCGUCCCAGGUGAAUAUUCAACAAAGAGGGCCAGUGGACUUGGUUUAAUUGUAGUUCCUACAGUGAUAUUAAUAUUACUUCAGUACUCUGUGUUCAUGAUAGCUCCAGCUAUUGGGAUGUCCUCCUUCAGCAUCACCAUAUUGAUCCUUCAGGUGCUGGGCUUUGUGCUCUCUGUGGUCGGACUAAGCCUCUGUGUCUCAGAGUGCACCCCAAUGCAUGGUCCUCUUCUGAUUUCAGGUUUGGGUAUUAUAGCUUUAGCAGAAUUACUUGGAUUAGUUUAUAUGAAAUUUGUUGCUUCCAAUCAGAGGGCUAUACAGCCUCCUAGGAAAGCUGUAGAGGAACCCCUUAAUGCAUUUAAAGAAUCGAAAGGAAUGAUGAAUGAUGAGUAACUGAAUUGAAGUGAUGGACUCUGACUUGCAGAGUAAUAAGAUGUGAAAGGAAUGCACUUAUGUUUAAGGACCCUGACCUUGACUCACUCACUGUUCAAGAGAAGAAAACAAGAAAAGUGACUCUCAUCUGUAAGAGAAAGUAAAUCAUUGAGUUUUAAAUGGAUAUUACAGUUAAGUUUUUAUUCAAAGCACUUGUGAUUUAGUUAAUAAAAGAAUUAUAAUCUG